GCUGCCUCCUAGCCAAUCAUCGAAAAGAGAUCUCGGGACCCCGCCUCCUCCGGCACCAGCGCUGGCCAAUCAGGUCCCGGCGUGGAGUUCCGGGGCGGAAAAGGCGAAGCUGGCUAGCCCAAUGGCAGCGCCCAAAAGCGCAAGCCCCGCCUCUCGGCGCACAGGCUCGCGGCUCCGGCAGCGGCGGCGGCGCUUCGAGGUGCUGCCUGAACCUUCGCUCAGAGUCAGAGGGCCGAGGGCUGCCAGGCCCGGACCGAGGACGCCUUCCCGCAGCUCCCAGAAGGAUGGCGGCGCGCUGUCUGACCCCCGCGACCACCUGGGCGCCGCUCCGCACCCUGGCCCGGGCCUCUCGCCCAGGUGCCCAGAGUCUCCAUUGCAGCCCAGCGGCAGCGACCUACAAGCUCGUGAACGUGCAGGAGACGCCAAUGGACAUGAAGUCGGUGACUGACCGGGCGGCCCAGACCCUGCUGUGGUCGGAGCUGAUCCGAGGCCUGGGCAUGACGCUGAGCUACAUGUUCCGGGAGCCGGCCACCAUCAACUACCCGUUUGAGAAAGGCCCCCUGAGCCCGCGCUUCCGCGGGGAGCACGCACUGCGCAGGUACCCGUCGGGGGAGGAGCGCUGCAUCGCCUGCAAGCUCUGUGAGGCCAUCUGCCCUGCACAGGCCAUCACCAUCGAGGCAGAGCCGCGGGCCGACGGCAGCCGCCGGACCACGCGCUAUGACAUCGACAUGACCAAGUGCAUCUACUGCGGCUUCUGCCAGGAGGCCUGCCCGGUGGACGCCAUCGUGGAGGGCCCCAACUUUGAGUUCUCCACCGAGACGCACGAGGAGCUGCUGUACAACAAGGAAAAGCUGCUCAACAACGGAGACAAGUGGGAGGCGGAGAUCGCGGCCAACAUCCAGGCCGACUACCUGUACCGCUGACCUGCGGCGCCUAAUAAACGGCCUGGCCUCAGC